UUGUACUCUGACUCUCCCUGCUUCUUCUUCUUCUUCUCCUCCUUUUUCUUUUCUUGGCUCUCUCUUGGUCUCUUUCCUCUCUCUUAGCUUUUCCUGUUUAUUUUUUUUGGGCUGUCUGUUUGGAUAGAGAGAAAACGAGAGAAAAGCUUUUAACUACCGAAGAAGCGGAGAAAGUUGCAAUGGCGGUUUCCAAUAAAUGGGUUUUCGCUUGUUCAGCUGUUCUCUUUCUGUUUCUUGUUGGAGCAAUGGCCGCUGUACGGACCGACAACACUUCGAGCAAUGUUGAGACAGAGAAGUUGCAGAGCUCAAACAAUUCAACAAUGGCAGCAAGGUCAGAAGAGGCUGAGCCAUUGAAUGAGCAUGCGGUGCCUGACCCAGGGGCUGUGGCAGCCGAGGUUGAGACCAUGAUUGACAUGAAUAUUCGCAAUGUGACCGAAAGGAGGAAGUUGGGGUUCUUCUCAUGUGGAACUGGUAACCCCAUUGAUGAUUGCUGGCGCUGUGACCCCAACUGGCAAAAGAACAGGAAGAGACUUGCUGACUGUGGCAUUGGUUUUGGAAGGAAUGCAAUUGGUGGCCGUGAUGGACGCUUCUACGUUGUCACUGACCCUGGUGAUGAUGACCCUGUUAACCCCAGACCUGGGACCCUGCGUCAUGCUGUGAUCCAGGACCAGCCCCUUUGGAUUGUGUUCAAGAGGGACAUGGUUAUUCAAUUGAAGCAGGAGUUGAUCAUGAACAGCUUCAAGACCAUUGAUGGUCGUGGAGUGAAUGUCCAUAUUGCUAACGGGGCAUGUAUCACGAUCCAGUUUGUUACCAAUGUGAUUAUUCAUGGUCUUCAUAUUCAUGACUGUAAGCCUACUGGCAAUGCCAUGGUGAGAAGCUCACCUUCUCACUUUGGAUGGAGGACAAUGGCUGAUGGUGAUGGAAUUUCCAUCUUUGGUUCAAGCCACAUCUGGGUUGAUCACAAUUCUCUCUCUAAUUGUGCUGAUGGUCUUGUUGAUGCCGUCAUGGGCUCAACUGCCAUUACGAUCUCCAACAACCACCUCACCCACCACAAUGAGGUAAUGUUGCUGGGACACAGUGACUCUUACACAAGGGACAAGCAGAUGCAAGUGACCAUUGCCUACAACCACUUUGGAGAGGGACUUAUCCAGAGAAUGCCAAGGUGUAGGCAUGGGUACUUCCAUGUGGUGAACAAUGACUACACUCACUGGGAAAUGUAUGCUAUUGGUGGAAGUGCAAAUCCUACCAUCAACAGCCAGGGUAACAGAUAUGCAGCUCCAACAAACCCAUUUGCAAAGGAGGUCACCAAGAGAGUGGACACCGGUGAAAGCCAGUGGAAGAGCUGGAACUGGCGUUCAGAAGGAGACCUGCUGCUUAAUGGUGCCUACUUCACUCCAUCUGGUGCUGGAGCCUCAGCAAGCUAUGCAAGGGCCUCAAGCUUGGGAGCCAAGUCCUCUUCCAUGGUUGGAGCCAUGACUUCCAAUGCUGGUGCUCUUCCCUGCCGCAGAGGCAGGCAAUGCUAGUAUACCCCCUCAAUCAAAUUAUUAAAUUGGCUGAACAAACGGCCAUUUACGAUCUGUUUGAUUUUUCCUUCUGCCAUUAUUCUAAAAAUCUAAAUCACUACCUACCAAAUAUCCAUAUUCUAUCCAUUGUUUCGUUACCCAUCUACCUGCAUCAUCACAUAUUUUGACAAGUGUACAUUUUUUACACAUUGUCAUUAUAUUGUCCUACCCACUCCACUCAUUCUGGUUGUCAAUCUGUUAAUUUUCUCAACCUCGGCCUGUUUCAACUCAAGUAAAAAAAUCUGUCUAGGAGCAGGUGCGGAAGCGUUGUCCAUUUUUCUUAUCCCCUUCUAAAGUUUUCCGGUCUUCCUCAGCUUCACCCAAUUUCCCUCUUUAACCACCAUUUGGUCCAUCCUUCUGUUCCCCCAGCAUCGAUCUUGGUCUCUACAUACUCCUUUGUCUUUUGGGUUUAUAGGUCUGAAUGAUUUGGUGAUUUUUUUCUUCUUUCUUUUUUUAUUUUUAUCUUUAUUUUCAAUUGUCUAGUCAUACAAGCAACAGUAUGAAUGUCAAACUUCCGAGUUAUUGAAAGACUUUGUUACAGAUGAUGCAUAGUCAACAGCAGUGAUGUUUCUUUUUACCUUUUACUUUUCUCUGCUUUUUCUUUCUCAAUGGAAACAAACUUUCUUCU